UAACUUUGAUUAUUAACAUUGCUAGAAUUGAAGUAGCAUUUAAGUAGCAUUUAACUAUUGUUAAAAAAUAGUCUGAUGCAAUAAUCUGUGUUUUGCUGAUUGGUUAAAGUGGCUUCAGGUGCCUUUUGUUAGAGGCCUAGGUGUGAAUUGAGGGGCAGGGCUAAGCUUAGUAUAAAAUUAAAUCUCCGCUACAGACUGGUCUUCUCUAUCACUAGGUUUUUUCUACUAAUCUAAACUAACUUGGGUAAGUACUAUCAGUCUCUGACAUUGUUUAAUCCAUCAAACUUUUUCUCAGCAUGUGCUACUCAAUUAUUCCUGUGCUUAUAUCUCACAGACCCUGCAGACAUCAGAGGGCACAUUAUAGGAACAGCAACGCCAGCAACCUCAUCUACCCCCAACUGUUGCAACAGUCUCAAACAGUGGUGGUAGGUGGGGUCUGGAACUGUCAAUCAGCCGUCCAGAAAGCUGACUUUAUCUCAGCUUUUGCACUUUCUCACAGCCUUGACUUCCUGGCACUGACUGAGACAUGGAUCACCACCGAGAACUCAGCAACACCAGCAGCCUUAUCCUCUGCCUACACCUUCUCUCAUACACCGAGAGGAUCUGGUAGGGGUGGUGGUACAGGUUUGCUCCUGACCAGGAAAUGGCAAUUCACUACUGUGAAUGUUUCUCACCUUAACAUUUCAUCUUUUGAAUUUCAUGCUAUUACUGUUACUUUUCCGAUUACUCUUCAUAUCAUUGUCAUCUACAGACCACCUGGCGCACUGGGAGACUUCAUAGAAGAGCUGGAUGUUCUUCUGAGUUUCUUCCCUUCAGAUGGAACUCCUCUAACUCUUCUUGGUGACUUUAAUCUCCCUACACUUCAGUCCUCCUGCCUUCUUCCUCUUCUUUCAUCUUUCGACCUCCUCUUUAACCACAGCCCUCCGACACACAAAGGAGGCAAUCUUCUGGACCUGGUCUUCAGCCGUCCAGCUUCUGCUCUGGACCUCACUGUCACCCCACUCCACCUCUCUGACCAUCACUUUGUGUCCUUCUCUCUCUGUCUCCCAACUCUUCCUACCUCCAACCACACUUUCACCCUUACAACACGCCCCAAUCUUCACUCUUUAUCUUCCUCCCUGCUAAUCUCCAACAUCCUAACUUCACUACCUAACCCUGACAUGCUUGCUACCCUUCCACUCAACUCCGCAACUAAUACUCUACUCUCUUCUCUUUCAACAUCCCUCGAUCAGCUCUGUCCUCCUACCCUCAAACGAGGAAAACCUUCUCACCCAGCUCCUUGGCUUUCAGAUGCACUGCGCAGCAACAGAAGAGAAUUAAGGGCAGCUGAGAGAAAGUGGAGGAAAUCUAAGCUCAGUGUUGAUCUCCACUCCUACCACGAUCUGCUGUCCAGGUUCUCAUCUGACGUGACUGCUGCAAAAACAUCUUUUUACAAAGCCAAGCUUGAACAAUCUGCUGCUGACCCACAAUGACCUCCACGAUCCGUACCAGUCUGGCUUCAAGGCAGCGCAUUCUACGGAAACAGCACUUGUAGCUGUUACUGAGAAG